AAACAGUAUUCAUUAAAAUUACGACGCGAGAGUUACGAGUGUGAGGAACAGCCUCAAUUAUUUAAAAAACUUUUUAUAUUUUACAAUGUUUUCUAGGAAAUCAAGUGCCUAAAUGUUUUAGAGAUUAGUUUUUGGAUUUAGUGUAAGUGUAUUAAAUGCUUUCGAGAUGUCGAAGAAUAAAAUUGCUGCUCGUAUUGACAGCCAAAGUGUAGAAGUUAAAACUAAGUUCGAUGCGGAGUUCCGACGCUUCGCUCUAAAUCGUACGGAGAAGUUGAAAUACGAAGACUUCAAGGGUCUGAUAGAGAAGUUGCACCGGCUGCAUGAUGUCGCCUUCCUCAUCUCCUACACGGACCCUAGAGACGGUGAUCUGCUGCCGAUCAACAAUGACGAUAACCUGGCAAGAGCGCUGCUUACAGCGAGACCGCUCCUCAGGGUUAUUAUACAGAGGAAAGGGGACAGUCUCGAAGAACUCAACGGAUAUGGUACUAUGCGGCCUAGGAAUAUAAUCUCGUCAAUACUGAGUGGUACGCCGGCGAAAAACAAAGGACUCGCUAUAUCCAAUCCACAUGACUUUAGAAUGGUUUCAGCAAUCAUAGACGUAGACAUUGUACCGGAAACGUGUAGAAGAGUUAAACUGCUCAAACACGGAUCCGACAGACCUUUGGGAUUCUUUAUAAGAGACGGCACAUCGGUGCGUGUAACUCCAAAUGGCGUGGAGCGCUCCCCCGGCAUCUUUAUAUCUCGGCUGGUGCCCGGCGGACUGGCGGAGUCCACUGGCUUGCUGGGCGUCAACGAUGAGGUGCUAGAAGUUAAUGGCAUUGAUGUCUCCAAUAAGACAUUGGAUCAGGUGACAGAUAUGAUGGUAGCCAACUCUUCGAAUUUGAUAAUAACAGUCCGUCCAGCAAACCAGCGCGCUGGCCCGCCGCCGCCGGAGACCUCGCGCCACUCGCAGCACUCGCAGCACUCGCAGCCCUCCAGCGAACACGAUGAUGAUAGAUUCGAUCAAGACGAACAGGAUGAGAUAGUGGACCUGACGGCUGUGACCCUGGAGGACCAGAACCCUGAACCCUCCUUCCACAUCCCCGUCAAAGACGACGGCCAAGUACUGCAUCUCUAGUACAUACUGGACAGGUAUCGACGGGCGAGGAUACAAGCGAUUUUGGACCAAAA